AUGGUAUUAAAUACAUUACAAGGAACACUCAGCAGCGAUAAAGAUGUAAGACUAAAUGCGGAAAUGCAAAUGUCUCAAUUUACUGAAAAUGCUGGUUUUUGCAAUACGUUAUUAAAGAUUUGUGAUACGCGUAAUGGUAUGAAUGCUAAUUUUCCUGAAUCUGUUAUAACAUGUGCAGCUGUAGCUGUAAAAAAUUUUAUUAAAUACCAAUGGACAGGUAAUGGAACGGCACCUCUUGAUCAAUUGGAAAGAGAAAAAAUUAGACAAAAUGUUUUGGAAGUAUUAUUUGGUAACUCCAGCGAUAAAAAAGUUAGGGAUCAACUUUUAUCUUCUUUAACAUUGAUAGCUAAAACAGAUUUUCCUGAGCAAUGGCAGAAUCUAGCUACUGUAUUAAGUGAAGGUCUACGUGGUGGGAUAUCAGACAGUGCAAAAGUUUCUGUAAUUUCAAUGGAUGAAUUGUUUAAAAGAUAUAGGUACGAAAUGAAAAGUGAAGAAUUAUGGAAGGAAAUUCUUUAUGUUUUAACUAUUUGUGCUGAACCAAUAACAAAGUUUUUUGUUGAUACAGUAAAGUUAGUAGUUGAAAGUUCCGAACAAAAAAAUCAUACUCCUGAACAGUGUAGAGAAAUGUUUGAUUGUAUUUUUUAUUGUGCUGAAAUAUUUCACUCAUUAAAUUCACAGGAUUUAUGUGAAUAUUUUGAAGAUAAUCUUAAAGUAUGGAUGGAAGCUUUUCUUACUUUAAUGAAAAUAAAUAUGGAUUUUUAUCCAUUUGUAGUGUCCGAUGAAGAAGAUCCUUACAAUAAAUUAAGGGUGGCUUUAUGUGAAAUUUUCACAUUGUUUUCUCAACGUUAUGAAGAAGAGUUUCUUCCUUACAUGCAACCUUGUGUUGAAUUGAUGUGGGAAAAAUUCUUUGCCAAUAGUAAUGUUAAUAAUUGUGAUUCUUUAGUUAAUGCUUCAAUGAAUUUUCUUGGAGCUAUUUGUAUUAGGCCACAGUACAAAGAAAUGUUUACUGCUGAAGGAGUUUUGGUAUUACUUUUGAGAGAUAUUGUAAUUAAGAAUAUGGUUAUGUCACAAGAUGAUAUUGAAACAUUUGAGGAUGAUCCAGCUGAAUAUUUAAAAAAAGAUCUAGAAGGAGGUGAUGCACACACUAAAAGAAGGGGUGCUGCUGAUUUAUUAAAAAUUUUGUCAACAGAUUAUCCUGCACAAGUGAGUCCAAUAAUUCAAGAUUUACUUAAGGAGUUUGUUGGUGCAUUUUCUGCAAAUAGGAAAGCAAAUUGGCUUCAAAAGGAGAUUACAUAUUCCAUGGUAACUUCAAUGUUAGUACGUGGUGAAACAGCUCGUAUGGGUGUUACAAAAUUAACAGAUUUUGUAAAUCUAGAUGAUUUUUACAUUCAGUACGUUCGUCCUGAAAUUGUUGAAAGUCUCCCUGAUGAACUACCUAUUAUUACAUGUGCUGCGUUAAAAUUUGCCUUUAAUUUCCGUCAUAAACUUCAGCCACUUGCCUUGAAGGAACUUGUGUCUGCACCAGUUGUUGGAAGAUUAUUGUCAUCAAGUAAUCAAAUAAUUCAUUGGUAUACAGGAAACAUGAUAGAUAAGUUGUUAAACACAAAAUCGCAGGAUAAUAAGUUACUUUUUACUACUGCUGAUGUUGAUACACCAGCAUUAAUCAGUUCAAUUGCUCAAAUACUAGAAUUAAAAUCAACAAGUAUCACACCCUAUGUUAUAAAGGCAUUAAUGAGAGUACUGAAUUUUAUGGAUGAUUCAACAGCAGCUGGUGCUGAUAAUAUUAUUAAUGCUUUAGCAAAAUUGUCAUUUACGGCACUUAAACAAUCAGCUAAUCCAGUUUACAUUCAUUACAUUUUUGAAUGUAUGUGUGUUGUUAUUAAAAAGGCUUAUUCAAGGGUUGCCGGUGGUAUUGAUCAAGCUGUUCUCCCUGUUAUUGAACAUAUUUUUACAGAAAAUAUGGAAGAUUAUGUUCCAUAUGCUUUACAAAUAUCUGCACUUCUUAUUUCUCAAUGUUCUGCGGCAAUUGCACGAGGAGAAAAUGUCAAUAGUGAUGCCUAUCAUGGGUUUAUACAAUUUGUUUUAACACCACAAAUAUGGCAACAUGGAACAAAUGUUCCUGCUGGUGUUAUAGCUCUUGAAGCAUAUAUUAAAGCUUUUCCAAAUCAAAUGUUUUCUGAAGAAAAUGUGAAGAAAUUGUUUGAUAUUUAUAACAAAUUAAUCGGAUCUAAAGCCAAUGAUCAACAUGGGUUUACUCUUGGAAAUAUAUUAUUGCCAUAUUUAAAUAAGUAUCCAACCUUAACUUUUCAAUCUUUAUUUAUCCCUAUUUAUUCAAGACUUUCACGUUCCAAAACAUUUAAACUUCAAAAGAAUAUGAUGAUUUUUGUUUGUCGUUUUGUUCUUAUUGUAGGUGCUAGUGAAUUUGUAAACUGUGUCAAUGUCAUUCAGAAUGGCUUAGCUUUAAUGACAAUGAAUCGUAUAUUUGCUCUAGAAUUGGCAAGUAUUGCACAAAUGACAACUUCUUUUGAAAGAAAAAUUCUUAUUCUUGGUAUGGCUAAAAUUUUCCAAAAUGAACCACAAAUUAUUAGUGAAUCAUUUGUACCAUUAUUAAAUGGUGUUGUGAAGUUAAUUGGAGCUUCUAUAAAAGGAAUUUCAAAUGUUAAUUCACAAGUUGAAAUGGAUGAAGAGUUAUUAUUUGAUGAAGAUAAUUUCAAUAAUAAAUUUUGUCGUCUUAGUGUGGCUAAACCGGAAGAGGAUAUUUUCAAGGAAGUCAAACAAUAUCAUCGUAUUUUUUCCGAUGCUAUUAUUAAGUUACAGAGUUCUGGCGUAAAUUUCUCACCUGAUUGUAAUGAAAGUUUAGAACUAUUAAAGAAAUAUGUUCAAACUACGUUGUAA